AGCAUUUCAGCCAGCUCUGCCUCUCGGAAGCCAUGGCGCGCCGCAAGCUGUUGCUGAUUGCCGGCAUGUGCCUAGCGCUGAGGAUAUCGCUGGGCGUCAGCUUCGUGGGUCCAACUGCAGCUCCAGGAGCCCUCAGCCGGGUGGCACUCCACGCGCGGGGCGGUGAAGGCGAGCUGGUGGAGCACUUGCUGAAGCCCGACGUCCUGCUGCUGGAUGUGCGGACUGUCGAGGAGUACGAAGAUGGGCAUGUUGAUGGAAGCGCCAACAUCCCGCAUACCCAGAUAGAGCAGCGCGCCAGCGAUCUGCCCAAAGACAAGGAGACACCCGUGGUGGUAUUCUGCGCCAAAGGCAUCCGCGCAGCAAUGGCCCAAAGCGUGCUUGAGAAGCUCGGGUACACCAACGUGGUGAACGGCAUGACGUGGCUGGCCGUCCAGGAGACGAUGCAACAACUGUGAGGUCAGAGCCGCGCACCGUGAGAAGGGCGCGAAGCCACGAGCGAGGUUUCCCAAUGUCCGCGAGGCAUGUGGAGGCGGAAAAAGAGGCGAAUCAUCAUCCAGAGUGCAAGGGUCCUCGUCGGCAUGUUCCAGAGCAGAUUUGAGGUUAGCUGGAUGUGUUGCAGUGCUUGUUUCUACGGAAGCAAUGCUGGCCUCCAGCAGGCGGAAAGAGAAACUGCCGCGCCCUGCCAGCCCCCUGAAUGAAGAGCAAGAAUGAUGGCAGCUCGCAUUGGCAUGAGAUUUGGAUCUUUAGCCCAUCCUUGAAGCUGGAGUUGUGUUUCUGGAGUGGUCGGAGCAGUUUUAUGGGACCAAACCAUGG